CGCUGCCCCUCUUCUUCAUCCUCUUCCUCUUCCUCUUCGACCACUCCCUCUUCCUUUCUUCCACCACUCCUCCCUCGCCAUCCGCUCCUUCGCAAACAUGGCUAUCAACUCCGCCCCCGAAUCCUCCCUCCUCUCCCUUCUCUACCGGUCGUACCCGACCGCCAUCUCCCCGGACGCCACCGAGCCCGACCUCCACACGGCCACUCCGAAAAUCUUCCCGCACACCAAGUUUUCCGUCACCGAGGAGGCCGAUGUCAAGCAAUGGCUGGCCACGAUCUCCGGCCUGCAGCACGCCCAGGUCAAGGACGACAAGACUGUGAUCUCCAACAUUCUCGGCCAGCUGAACAGCCACUUGGCCACCCACACGACUCUCUUGGGCGCUAAGCCCUCCGUCGCCGACAUUGCCGUCUACGCUCUGCUCGCGCCCCUCGUUGAGAAGUGGUCCCCCGAGGAACGCACCGGCGAGCAGGGCUACCACCACAUCGUCCGCCAUGUCGACUUCGUCCAGAAUAGCCGGCUGUUCUCUCUGCAGAUCCCCGAGGAAGAGAAGGUCGCCAUCGACUUGAACGACGUGCGCUUCGUGCCCAAGCCCGUCGAUCCCAAGGCCGAGAAGGAGCGCAAGAAGAAGGAGAAGGCUGCCGCCGCCGCUGCCGGUGGUGCUGACGCCGCUGGCAAGCCUCUGGUCGUCGGCCAGGGCAAGCCCGCCCCCGAGAAGAAGACCGAUGCCCCUGCUGCCACUGAGGCUCCUGCUGCUGCCGCCGCCGCCAAACCCGAAGGCAAGCCUAAGAAGGAGAAGAAAGAGAAGCAGCCCAGACAGCCCAAGGCAGCGCCUGCACCCGCUGCGCCCCCCUCGCCCUCCAUCAUCGACCUCCGGGUCGGCCACAUCCUCCGCGCGAUCAACCACCCCAACGCCGACUCCCUGUUCGUCUCGACAAUCGACUGCGGUGAUGCCCCGGGUACCGAGAACACGUCUCUGGAUGAGGCAACAGGCAAGACGGUGCGCACCGUGUGCUCGGGCCUGAACGGCCUCGUGCCGUUGGAGGAGAUGCAGGGCCGCAAGAUCGUCGCCGUCUGCAACCUGAAGCCCGUCACCAUGCGCGGCAUCAAGUCCGUUGCCAUGGUUCUGGCCGCCUCCCCUCGCGUUGCCGAGGGCGAGGAUUCCCACGCCGGCCCCGUCGAGCUCGUCUCCCCGCCCGCCGACGCCCCCGCCGGUGAGCGCGUCACCUUCGAGGGCUGGUCCGAGGGCGAGCCCGAGAAGGUCCUCAACCCCAAGAAGAAGGUCUGGGAGACCUUCCAGCCCGGUUUCACCACCACCGACAACCUGGAGGUCGCUUUCGAGAGCGCCGCCGUCCCCGCCGUCCAGGGCCAGGAGGGUAAGCCCGCUCUCGGUCUGUUGAAGACUGCCUCCGGCGGUCUCUGCACGGUCAAGAGCUUGAAGGGUGCUACCGUUCGGUAAACGGGUUUGGUUCUGUCGCCGAGAGGAGAGUUAAGAAGAAUACUACGUACAUACAGAUAUGAUCCCCCACCGCCAUGCAGAGGAGAGAGAAAGAAAGAGAAAAUUAGCGAGAUCCCCACCAUUACCCUUACUUAGCCCUCCC